AUGGCUAGCGUAGACUCUGAACGUGUCUACAUCUCGGACCAUAGCGCGGCUCCUAUCCGGUCCCACAGCUGGCGCACCGUCGACAACUCGGCCGCAUAUCUCGUUCCCCAUCUCAAACCCGAUCUCCGCAUCCUCGACGUCGGAUGUGGUCCCGGAACCAUCACAAUCGACCUUGCUCGCCACGUCCCGCAGGGACACGUCGUCGGCGUUGAAUACUCGCCCGAUCCUCUCGACGGCGCGCGCACGCUCGCUGCCCAGGAGGGCGUGAACAACGUCGAGUUCGUGACCGGCGACGUGCAUGCGCUGCAGUACCCAGACAAUACAUUCGACGUUGUUCACGCCCACCAGGUCCUCCAGCACAUUCGCGAUCCCGUGCAAGCUCUUCGCGAGAUGCGCCGCGUCACGAAGGCCGGAGGCAUUGUUGCCGCUCGCGAAUCCGGGGCUAUGCUCUGGUACCCUCGCUUGCCCGCCUUCGACGAGUGGAAGGAACUAUACAAUAGAAUCGCGAAGGCGCGGGGUGGGAACCCCGACCCAGGCAGCUACAUCCAUGUCUGGGCCAAGGAGGCGGGCUUCGACCGUGCCAGCAUCAAGUGCUCCGUCGGAACUUGGUGCUUCAGCACGCAGGAUGAGAGAAAGUGGUGGGGCAAUAUGUGGGCGGACAGGUCCGUCGGUUCAGCGUACGCAGACAUCGCCGUUGGAGAUGGGCACUGCGCGCGGGAGGACCUAGAGCGGCUCGCUGCGGCCUGGAGAGAUUGGGUGCAGAACGAGGACGGGUGGUUCAGCAUCGCGCACGGGGAGAUUAUAUGCCGGAAAGACUAA